CUUCUGUAUCGGACAUUUUUUUGGCUAAAUUGUUCGUGCGUAUGUGACACAAAGAACGAAUGAUAAUAUUUCACGACACCGCAACGCAUUGAAGUGAUCUGACAAGAAAAACUUCUCUCGGAAUUCGAUUUCAGGGAAGUCACGUGAUAUUUACAAUCGAUUUCUACGAAAAAGGGCGAACAUUUAGUAAAUAAUGUAAAUUCUUAUAUUUCAUUUUUACGAGAAUUUUUAAUGUAAACAGCUGAUCGAUUCCAAAACAAAAGAUGGUAUGGACCGUGAGGUAAACUGGGUCAAGGCCUAGGUUCAGUCCUCCUCGUCGGAAGCACUUUUAGAUUCUGGCGAGAAAGGAACAAUGUAAAUAUUAUGAUCACUUAGCGAUGUCUCGAUGCUUUUGCUGUCUCUUCUUUGAUUUGGGAAAUUCUGAGGACAAGUCAUUGUUAUUACAAGAGCAGACAAGCAGAAAGAUUUCAAACUUAUUCGCUAAACAAGGUGAAAGACAAUUCAUUGAAGAAAAACAUGUCAACAAAUCGAAGAAAAUCCGUCCAACUUCUCCGGAAAUAAGCGUCAUUUGGGCGAACAAUCCAGAGACAAAUGCUGUUUUUGACAAGCUUGGUUUACCAGGAAUUGUAGUCAGAUAUGAUAAGAUAUUAAGUGAAUGGAAAUGUCUGAAAGAUGCUGAGACGGAGUUUAAACAGCUAAUGGGAAUUGAUCAAGAUAGGAAUAUUAUAGAGUGUGUAGAUUCUAUUCCACCUGAAAUGAGGAUUGGUUUUAGCCAUGGUUCUCACGAUUCAGAGUAUGAAUUCUACCUGGAUAUCGACCCACUGGUAUCACUGGACAAACUAAAUGCUCCAUUGACAAAUCAAUUAAGGAGGGCUCUUCAUGUUUUUGCUAUCAUUUCAAGACAAAUGGGUGUUAUCCAAUUCACUGGAACUCCAAUCGUUAAGGACCUAGAACGACUAGUCAAGCUAUUCAAACAGGACGACGAACCCUUUGUAACUAUCAAUGGUAUAAGGCACAGCGUUGAAUUGCUGAACAGCCAACAAGUAGAGCAAGCAUAUUUGAUAAUAAAGGAUAUAGUAUCUUUGAGUAGAGCACGUAGCCAUGCUUUAAUGGAUUAUAUCCUUCAACAAGGAGACCAGGUUGACCUACAAGUAAUCAAAGAUGAUCCUAAAAACCAUAAAGUAAUAAUMUUUUCCAAAAAAUUAACAGGAAGCAGUAAAAAGAAAAAAAGUGGUCCUUCUAAUCCAAGAUGAAAGUUUGAAUAAUAAUAUUAUUAUUGUUAUAGUGUGGGGAUUUGGGGGGUUUUAUAAUAUAGUUUAUUGACAUGGUGUGUUAGUUGAUUAUUUGAGGGUAAUAACAAAAUAAUGUUAAGGUGAAUGCUUUCUUCUACAUGGAGAGGCUAGGAGAUGACCUCUUUUUGUACUUCAAUAUGAUGUGUUAGUUGCUGAAGAGAGGUAGUUCUAUGUAUUGCAGGUCAAUUGCCCUAUAUUUCAUUAUGACRUCACAGUAUGUUUACAUCGAAAAACAACGCUCAAAAACAGUGGAAAUUUUGAUGCAUUUGUAUUUCCUCCUAAAGUAGAUCUUCAACGAAUCUUGUUUUGAUAUAUAUCAUGUAUAAAUGAUUGUUCAUGUACAUUUUAUUUGAAAUGCAGUCACUUUGAUCCCUUUGGCGACCAUAAUCCUUAUCGUUACAACAACAGAAUGUUUUGAUGUGACGUCAUAAUGAUCUAGGGCAAUUAUAUUGUAAUUUCUUCGUUUUCAUAUUUUGACAAAAACAAUAGUAUGUUUUUAUGAAAAGCCAAGAAUAUUUACAUUGUUGACUAUUUUUAUAUGCCAUUUUAUUAUGCUAUCGCCUGCCACAUAAAAUUUAUAUUCUAGCUUACAUAAAACAAUUAUAACAAGAAAUUAAAUGAACAUUUUUUAUGAAUCAAUGAGCAAAAUAAGUUAUUAUAAUAUAUAAAAAUAAAUAGGAUUGAAUUAAUGUUAUUAGAAAACAAAUUUUAUGAGUUUUGUGAAAAGCAUAGUUUCUAUAGGUUUACUUAGUAAAUUUUUAUGAUUAUACAAUUGCCUUUCCAGCACCUUUCUGGAAUGGAUUUUGCAUCAAAGUGAGACAACUACAUUUUCACUUCCAUGGUAGACAUCUUUUGUAGUCACUUCAAUCCCGCAGGGAGCAGAAAACUUAAAAAUGUUUGCAAUGAAGGGUAAUAAAGUCUGUGCUUUAAAAGUAAAAGUAAAAUACUAAAACAUUUUUAUCAGAAUUUUUUAUAUUCUUAGCUUUGAAAUAAAAACUAUUUAACACAUGG